CUCUACCCUGAAACCUUGGUCCACACCUCAACGCCAACCCCCAUCUAAACAUCCAGGUGAGCGCGAGUCGUUAAGCAUCGACACAAGGCCAGCUGGGACGCACUUGGCAGUCAGGGAGCAGCUCUUUCACACUGGCUCUCUGUGCCUAAGGGUGAGCUCAUCAAGAACCUCAUCCCACCUGGUCUCCCGCGGAGCUCUUCCAUUUCCUUCAAUUUCCCCUCCUGAACCUCUGAGGCAGCAGCCAUGAACUGGUCUGCUUUGGAGGCGCUCAUCAGCGGGGUCAACAAAUACUCCACUGUGUUCGGCCGCGUCUGGCUCUCCAUGGUCUUUGUCUUCCGGGUGAUGGUGUUCGUGGUAGCGGCCCAGCGAGUGUGGGGCGACGAGAACAAGGACUUUGAGUGCAACACGGCCCAGCCGGGCUGCACCAACGUGUGCUAUGACUCCAUCUUCCCCAUUUCCCACAUCCGCCUGUGGGCCCUGCAGCUUAUCUUUGUCACUUGCCCGUCGUUGAUGGUGGUGGGGCACGUCAAAUAUCGCGAGAAGAAGGACUUGCAGUACGGCGCCUCGCACAAGGGCGCCCACCUGUACGCCAACCCUGGAAAGAAACGUGGGGGGCUCUGGUGGACCUACCUGGUGAGUCUGGUUUUCAAGGCAGGCUUUGACGCUGGCUUCCUUUACCUCCUGUACCACAUCUACGACGGUUACGACAUGCCCCGCCUGUCGAAGUGUUCCCUCGAACCGUGCCCCAACACGGUGGACUGCUACAUAUCACGUCCCACUGAGAAAAAGAUCUUCACCAUCUUCAUGGUGGUCUCCUCUGCUUUCUGCAUCUUAAUGUGCAUCUGCGAGAUGAUUUACCUCAUCUGCAAACGCAUUCAGAAACUGAUCAAGAGAAAGACUGAGGCAGAAAGGAGGCUGUUUGCAGAGAGUCAUGAGAUGACGCCACUGGCAGCGCCCAGGUCGGAGUUCAGAUCCAAAACAUCAAUCAGAGUGGAUCCUACAGCCUCCAUCCAAAACCUCAGUAACAUCAAGGAGGAGGAUAGGCCACCUCCGAAAAAAUAACCUACAAUAUGGCAGGAGUCACGUUGAAAAACUGAGAUAAGUACUCAUGGGACACAGUGCAUUCAUCAGACUCUGCAGAGAACUGCUGCUCAACACCAAAGAUAUCCAUCAAUUCAGGGAUCUCUGAGAGAGACUUGUAAAAAUGUUAUAAUAUUAAAUGACUUGCAGGGAAGCCCUGCGA